AUGAAAUAUGUUGAUAUGAAAACAAUGCCACGUGGGCAGAGCACUUGGUCGUGCGAGUGUCCUUGCGCGCGCGCAGCCUCCGGUCGUCGCUCGCAACCAGUCGGACCGCAUGCGUCGCCCCUCUCCGCCCCGCCGCGCACCUCCACCCCACAACGCUCCCUAAUCAAACGCGAUACAACUCAAAUUCCAUCACAGCAAUCAACCCGGCUAUUGGGACACAGAGGUUUUAGCAUAUUUGGGCUCGCGUUUCAUAGUGGACCAUAUCGGGGCGAGUUAGGUCCGAUUUUGGUGGGACGAGCCGAGGAAUGCACCUUAGCUACUGGGGAACGCAUUGCUCAGUACGGACGUUUUAAUUCGAUCACUAGAACACGUGGGGCUUAG